CUUCUGCCCUCGGCCUCGAUCCAUCUGAUUCAGCAAACUCCGCCACCUGUUUUCCCCACCGCAUUCUUCUCCUGAGGUUUUGCGUUUGCCCACACUGUCCCCAUUCCUCGCGUUCUCCCACCCCCGGCCGCCACGGUCGAGCGAAGCCGCGCGCCUCUCGAUCUGCGAUUCUCCUCUUCCCGCGCCACCGCCGAUCUGCGAGGGCGCGUCUCGUCGUCUAGGGUUGCGGCCGGGAGGCGGGGAUGAGGAUCUGCGAGCUGGGGGACGGUGACGGGAGGCCGGCAGAUGGGGAGGAGCAGCAGCAGCAGCAGGAGGAGGAGGCCCCGGUGAGCGGCGAGGUCGUGCGGGUGAGGGCCAAGCGCGCGCUCGUCGGCGCCGGCGCCAGGGUGCUCUUCUACCCCACGCUCCUCUACAACGUGCUGCGCAACCAGUUCGAGGCCGAGUUCCGGUGGUGGGAUCGCGUCGACCAGUGUAUUUUGCUAGGGGCUGUUCCCUUCCCAAGUGAUGUUCCACGGUUGAAGCAGCUUGGAGUCCAGGGAGUUGUGACAUUGAAUGAGCCAUAUGAGACUCUGGUCCCAAUGUCCUUGUACCAGGCCCAUGGGAUUGAUCACCUUGUGAUUGCCACCAGAGACUACUGCUUUGCACCUUCUCUCGCGGAUAUCUGUCGAGCCAUUGAAUUUAUUCACCAUAAUGCAUCACAGGGUGGAACUACUUAUGUUCACUGUAAAGCUGGAAGAGGACGAAGCACCACUAUUGUUUUGUGCUAUUUGAUUAAAUAUAGGAACAUGACUCCUGAAGCAGCUUUGGAUCAUGUCCGAUCCAUUAGGCCCCGGGUGCUUUUGGCACCAUCACAGUGGCAGGCUGUUAUCGUAUUUAGCACUCUCUCCACUGGACGUCUUCCUGUACAGAGUUCAAACCUGUCAUGUUAUGUAGAAGACAGCAAAGCCUCCAUCCCUGAUAUAGAAAUAGAUGAUUAUUCUAUCGAGUUUGAUUAUGAAGAUGGCGGUUUACCCCUUUGUCAAGUUAUGCUACCUAUGCCAAGCAGUCCGACUGGGUGUAUUGAUGCAGUCUUCAUAACAGAAGAAGAUCUGGAGGGCUAUGAUAUGCACAUUGAUACUGCGAAGGAUGUUGUCUCGUGGGAAGUAGUAGCCAGCCGAAAGCCCAUCAUGAGGAGACUAUCCUGCCUCUUUGGGUCUUUGAAACUUACCAGCAACUGUGAACCAGCACCAAGCCGGUUUACCGAGGUUCGGGCUUGCUAGGUAGGCCUGCUCUCUUUCCACAAUUUUCUCCAUGUUGUGAGCCAAGAUACAUGAUGCAGUAGUAGAUGGGCAGUCAGCCAAAUCUGGCACCAUAGAAACAUCAAACAAGGAGGUUUCUAUAGCCAUGGCAAAUGAAAUAGAUGAUCCUAUCGAGUUUGAUUAUGAAGAUGGCGGUUUACCCCUUUGUCAAGUUAUGCUACCCAUGCCAAGCAGUCCAGCUGGGUGUAUUGAUGCAGUCUUCAUAACAGAAGAGGAUCUGGAGGGCUAUGAUAUGCACAUUGAUACUGCGAAGGAUGUUGUCUCGUGGGAAGUAGUAGCCAGCCGAAAGCCCAUCAUGAGGAGACUAUCCUGUCUCUUUGGAUCUUUGAAACUUACCAGCAACUGUGAACCAGCACCAAGCCGGUUUACUGAGGUUUCUCCAUGUUGUGAGCCAAGAUACGUGAUACUGUAGUAGAUGGGCAGUCAGCCAAAUCUGGCACCAUAGAAACAUCAAACAAGGAGGUUUCUAUAGCCAUGGCAAAUGCCCCCCGGGAAGAAGCUUUGUGUGUAUACCUGAGUGUAGAGAGAUGUGAAAUGUGCCAAUUGUUAGUUGUUUUUUACUUGAGGACACGUGGUUUCGUUUCACCAUUAUUUCUUUGGAAUAAAAGGCUGUUCAUGUUUGGGUCA